CCGCCGCCGCUCUUGCCAUGGCGGACGGGGCCCAGACUGCGCCCUGGCUCUCCGCCCCGCGGCUGCAGCCCGCUGUUCCUGGAGUGGCGAGACGAGCGAGCGAGCGGGCGGGCGGGAGAGUUCCCCCGCCCCGGGGAGAGAGAGAAAGAGGAGGGAGAGGAAGAGAGAGAGGGAGGGAGGGAGGAAGUGCGCGGGCCGCGGCGGUAGCGGCGGCAGGAGGGGGCGGGGAGCAGGCCCGGCGGGCCGCGGCGGCGCCCCUCGCUCUUCAGUCGCACACUCCGGGGUCACCAACGCAAGCACCGCCCCCUCACUGCCCGGCCAUCUUUUCGGGACUGUACAGACGACUCUUCCGUCAAGCGCGACGGCCACCGCCGCCCCGCAACGCCCGCCAGCCCGCGGCUAAAGCGAGUGCUCGCCCCGCCAGGCCGCCGCCGCCGCCGCCGCCCAGCGCACACGGCAAGGCCCCGCUGCAGGCCCCUCCCCCGCGCCUCGCCGCCCUCACCCCGACUCCACGCGCCGCUCUAGCUCGACUGGAAGGUCCUCUGCUCCCACAGCACACAGGUUCUCCCUCAGAGGAGCAGCAUGGAGGGAAGAUAAUCAACAUGGCUGGUUUUCCAUCUGGCACAUAAACCAGCAGUGGCUGUGGGCAUGACACCACAUUACAUUUAGUCGGCAUGUCUCCUUCAGCUCAUCUUGGCACACAGUAAUCAAUAAAGAUAGCCUGGUGCCUGUGGCUCACAGAUUAAGAGGAUCACGGUUCGAGGCCAGCGUGGGUGAAUAGUUUGCAAGACCCCCACCUCCAAAGUAACCAGAGCAAGAUGGACUGGAGGAGUGGCUCAAGUGAUACAGCACCUGCUUUGCAAUCGUGAAGCCGUAAGUUCAAGCCCCCGUUCCACCAAAUAAAUAAAUAAAUCUAUAAAGAUACAUUCCAAAGUAUCAAUUUCUUUCUGGAUAGGGUGAUUAUGGAAAAUAAUUAUGGCUUAUUGUCUGUGUACUCAUUUUGAGUUAAAGCAUUCCCCUCUGUUCUCUAAGAUUGCCAAGUGUUUGCCUCUGUCAUCACACUUAACACACUAUGUAGCAGUAGUUGGUUUAGCCCUGACUUCUUCUCAUUACACUGUAACUGUCAGAAAGUCAAGAGUUUCCUCUGUCUUUGCUUUUUACUCUGAUUGCCUAGCAGAGGAUCUGAUACAUAAUGGGAACUCAGUAACCGUUAAA